AUGAACCCCGCCCACGCCCACGACGCCCAAAGCAAGCGGGACAUUCGCACGGCGCCCACGGGGGAAGCGGCGCCCGGGCGGGAGCACGAGGCGAGAGGCGAGGGCGGGGACGACGGCCGGGAAGCGAAGGACGCCGCCCCCGCACUCCUGACGGCGGGGCGGGCCUCCUCUCCGGGCGGCGGGGGUCAGGAGGGGCGUCCGAGGGGAGGGAGCCUGACGCUGCGAGGGGGCGGCGCCAGGGGAAGGCAGGUCGUCCUCUGCGCCGGCGUGGGGGGCGGAGAGAGGUCGUCCCUGUCGUUCCUGACGCACGACGACCUCAGGGCCUACGCCUACGAGGGGGACGCAUCGCCUUCAGGGUCACUCACCUCGACUGUCAUGGGCCUGAGGACGAGAUCGGUCGAGGAAGGCAGCGUGAAGCCCCUCUUGGUCGAGUACGAGGAGGUACUUGGCCUCCUGAACGACCUCCCAGACGCCUCUCGCCUCCCUCAGAUUCCUCAGAUCCCUCGACCACCUCCUGAAGCAGAGGAAGUCUUCCCGAAGGCGACGAUGACAACCAGUAAGGAUCCCACCGCUGUUGCCACAUCUGAAGACAAGGCGACGCCCCUGAACAACUCGAAUGGUAAACGUGAUGCUCAUGCGGGGAGUCUGACAUCCAGAGCAGCGAGAAAAGGGUGGAAGAACGUAUUUCCUUUCCGGUAGUGGAGAGGAAGACGGAGAGGGUGAAUGAGUGAAAGGGAGAG